AUGAUUCCGUUCACGGAAGAUUCCUUUUACACUAUCGGCCGGUGUGUGGUGCUCGCGUGCUCCGACUACUUCAAAUCGACCGGCGUGCUGACGCCGCAAGACGUGGCCGUUAAGUGCGUCAAGAAACGAGAUAGGAAACGGAAAACCGUGUUGUACCGACAGCGAGAGGCUCACCCAUCGUUCAAGAGGAAAAUCAAAAAGAAAUCGUUAGCAUUGAAACGGGUGGAUAUCAAAGACUCGUUUCGCAGCACUCUAACGGCCUCGCGACGCCCGUCCGACGACCCUAACAGGGUGAUCAGGCGAAACAUGCGUUUCGUGGACUUGUCGAAAACCGUCGACAAUCGGAGGUCUUCGAUCGCUGCUGACCGAGAGAAUUCCGCCGCCCCACACGCAUUUUCGAUCAUAAACGUCAAUGACAUCAUACGAGACACGGACGCAUUGCUCAAGUUCUGA